AUGAUCGAACUAACACCACGCCGUCAUGAGCUUCUCUCGGUAUUCUUAUUAUCAAUUGGAACCAUCUUCAUGUUUCUCGGCUACGAUGUUUCGGCGAUGAUGGCCGAGAGUGUGCUUCAUUCCGUGAGCACAAAACAUCCGGAUCGAAUUUCGCCGUACGCUGGAUACUAUGGCCAAGCUAUCCACUACAUCUCAUUUGCAUUCUUCUCAUUGUUCUCAGCAACUCUGCAAUACUACCUAUCAUCGAAGGCAAUUCUGAUCCUUUCAUCAGUUCUGUUCACUACGUGCUAUUUGUCAUAUAUUCACAUCAACACGUAUUUCUUCUACUCGGCACAGUUACUCUUGGGUUUCGCGUAUGCAUGCUAUAACAAUGCUGAAGGAAUGUACCUUUCGGAGCACUCCUCUCGUCGGACUAUCGACUCAAACAGUGCUUUGGAAACGGGAAUCGGACACUCAAGCCUUCUAUUCGGAGGCAUUACAAUGCUUUUCGUGUUCCAUUUUGUGCCGCACACAUUUGAUGGGCAUUUUCUGAAUUUCGAUGAGAACAUUGUGAAAGUGAUCUAUUUCUCGUUGAUGGCACUUACCAUGUUAUCAGUGAUACUUUUUGCACUUUUGCCCACGAAACAAUACGAUUCGAUCGCGUUGACGACACCUCGCGUCAAUCCCUCGAUCAAGUCACAAUUCAAAAGAUUUGGAAACACAUUCACCCAUCUGAAUACCUGUUUGCUGGUAUUUACCUAUGUAUACAUGGGAUGCAUGGUCUCGUUCAUGUAUGGAAUUUACCCAACAUCUCUUUCAUUCACCGCUUCAACGGCAUCCGAUGUCUACAUCAUUUCGAUCUAUCUUCUUUCAUCCGGAGUUGCCGCAUUCUUAAGCGGAAUGUUCAUUCGCCCGAUGAUCAAGAAAUUGCAUAAAUAUAAGUUAAUUGUGCCGAUGACGAUUCACACGACGGCAAUGAUCGCGGUUCUCGUGCUCACCUAUCUCUCAGUUCCAAACACGGCGACAAUGAAGCCAACGAACGAAGUGAAUGUUGUUGUUAAGCCAUGCCGAAUCCUUUCGAUCGUCAUUGGCUUCUUGCUGGGACUUGCCGACUUCACCAUCACAAUGUCUCGCUCUGUCAUCUGCCAGAUUGCGGUUCCGGACUAUCGUGCCGAAAUUUUCGGCAUAACUCGCGUCUAUCAAUGCGUUGCUUCGUGCCUCAUUCUAUUCAUUUCGCCCUAUUUGACAUUAUUCCAUUGGAUCUCAAUUCUAUUUGUUGGACUCAUUGUCGGCGUUUCAGCUUUAUUAAUAGUGCUCCGUCGAACUCACAAUAACUCAGUGGCUGCUCCAAUUGAGCCAUUAAAAGAAGAGAAGACCGAGAUCGAUUUUGCUUGA